GUUGAACUGGAUCGCUAACUGGGUUCUGAGAGUUGUUGGGAGGCGUACAGAACUGAACGUCAUGAUAAAUUGUCUUUUACCUUAUACUCAUCCUUAAGCUAUCCCUAAAUACGGGCGAGACUGAAUCAUCUGAAUCCUCUUCGUAUACUCAUUAUAACUUGCUGCGCAUACGAGAGUCGCCACAGCCAGCAUGGUUCUCGAAUACUUCCACCUGAAGAAGGGCGCGAAGGAGAAGGAGACCGAGAAGAGCGAGGGUGUUAAAUCACCCGUCUUAAGUGCAAAGGACGAGGAGUUCCUGAAUCGGAUCGCGUCCGCAGACGACGAGAACCCUCCUCCAUUACCCGCGCGACCAACCGUGAUCCUGGACAAUGGGAAGCAGAUCGAACCAGACGACGAAGUGCAACUAGUGGCAGAGAAAGUCCCUUUGCCUAUGUCACCUCCAGAAGAAAAGGACAUACGCAAGGCGGAGUUGACGACGACGCCCGCGAAGCGCUCAUACCUCGCAUUUCUUCCUGCGGUAGCAAUGCCAAAGUUCCUCAGCCAAAAGGAAAAAGCCCGCACUCAAACCGCCAAUGACCUCGCCUCCGCCGCCUCCGCCCUCAAGACCGGCAUCAACCUCCCCGUCGACGUCGACGCCGCCACCGCCGAGCAAGAAAAAGCCGAUCUCUCCUCACUCCUCGACCGCCUCAACCUCUCCGCCAUCAACAACCGCGUCUUCAGCAUCUCCCAAGACUCACAGAAGCUCAUGGACGACUUCACGCAGGUGCUGAAAGACAUCGUGAACGGCGUGCCGACCGCCUACGACGACCUCGAGAGGCUGCUGACACGCAAUCACAAGCAGAUCAAGAAGAUGUACAAGGAUCUGCCGCCGUGGCUGCAGACGCUAGUGAAGAGCUUACCGAGGAAGAUGGGGGCGAGUUUGGGGCCGGAGUUGAUGGCGAUGGGGUCGGGGGUGGCGGGGGUGAAGGCUGCGGAGGCGGAGAAGGUGGAUAAACGGAAGGAGGAAGAAGGGGAGGAGAAGAAGAAGAAGCAGAAGAAAGAGGGGACGGUGCCGUCGGUUAAGAGGCUCGUGUCGGAACAAGGCGCCAUCGCGACAAUGCUGCGAAGCAUCUUGAAUUUCUUGAAGCUGCGCUUCCCUGCGUUGGUCACGGGGACGAACGUGCUCAUGAGUCUUACCGUAUUCCUCCUCCUCUUCGUCCUCUGGUACUGCCACAAGCGCGGCCGCGAAGUCCGCCUCGACCAAGCGCGCCUCUCGGCGGAGGCCGACCCCACCGACUAUUCCGACUCCGAUCUCGAGAGGAGCGUGUCGGACAUGGACACUAGCUCCAUGAUAGCCAGCGAUGUGAAAGAGGGCAUCGCGCCCACCGAGGUCGACCCGCCCGUCAUCGACGACAAGCCGGCGAAGGCGCCCGCGCAUCUGGAAGCAGCGCUGAAUCAGAAGGAUCCGGCGGAGGUGCCGUUGCCGAAGGAGGAGGAGGAGACGAGACAAGAGAAAGAGCCGGGUUUGGGGAAGUGAGUGGGGGGUGGGUGAUUGAUGAUGGAUGAGGAUUACGAGACCACGAAAUCGGCUUGAUGGCUAAAAAUUGGAUAAUGGCCUACUUUUCCGCUUCUAUGAUACCAGAGUAAUUUCUGUCGCUUCUCAAUGUUUUUUGGAAUAGGAGUACACUGAAAGGAGACAUGCAGGGCGCUGAUGGAAAGGUAAUGAACAUACGAGCGGUUGUGAAGUUUCCUUGGUCCGGCAGCACUGAGAUAAAUGGAUACAUGCAAACCAAAAAAGAAUAGAUUUGAUUCCUCCAAACACGCGAAAUUGAAUUUGACCCGAAUCCUUCGCG